ACACCCCCUCUGGCUCACCGGUGCACACCCUAGCCUUCUCACCUGCCCUGGCCGCCGAGCACAGCACGAUAACACAGCAGCCGUCAAUGGACAAAUGCUGUAGCAAGGAUCAUGGUGGGGAAAAGUCUAGUGACUUUAGUGGUUCUAAUUUGUUGCAUCGUUGGAACCGAGAACAAUCAAGGUGGGUGAGAGAUUGAGAUGUUUUUUUUAUUGCCUUUAGGUGACAGCCUUCUACAUUAAGUUUGGUACCUGUUGCGAUUACAAUGCCUCGGGAAUAGGUUCCUUCCGCACAAAAUAAUUAAUUGUGUUAUUGCCUGCUAGAAAUACUGAUCCAGGGUCGGUCUUAUUGUUUCAACAUAAUGCCUAAAGGUUUGGGCGGGGAUGGGAAGGGCUGAUCCUAAAUCAGUUUUUAAUGCGUGGACCCGGAUAUGAAACGUCGGCUAAACAAAUACAACAUGGAAUGUGACACACCACAAAUAUAUACAUUGUGAAAAAUGUAAGUUAAGUUGUUUAGACACUACUAUUUUAUAUUUAGUUUAGUUUAGUUAUUUUAUUUAAAGGUUAACAAAAAAGAAAGUGGGAAGUUUACUUCAGUGUCUGAGUUCUGGAAGCCAAGAGGAAGUGCUACAGAUUGUUACAUCAGAUAAUGUGAUUUAACCAAAUAUUUGUGGUAUUCCUGGGAGUUACAGGUUAGGUACUGUUUGGUGUAGCACAGAGAAUGUUUGACCAACCUUGGCGAUACUUUCUUCCUCCUCAAAUUCGUGGAAACAGGAGUCUUAUAAAAUGUCCGUGUCAAGUUGCAGGGGGUCCGUUUUGAAUUUAGAAAAUGCCCCAUUAUUUAAAAAAAAUAGUUGUUUUGCUCCAUGAAGUAAUCCAACAAUGUGUAUGCCGUCAUCUUGUCUAUUUUAAGUCUUGUCUCAUUGAUCGAGACAGGUGUCUGUCAUCAUGACAUUUGGAUUUAUUAUGGAUCCCCCUUACUCUUCUUGGGGUCCGGCAAAAUUAAGGCAUUUAUACCAUUUUAAAAACAUUACAAUACAUUCAUAACCGAUUUCACAACACACUAGGUGGGGUAAUUGGGCUGAUUUGUUGCCACUCAAGACUGUUUUACGUGCCUGGUUGGGCUGCACGACGAGUCGAUCAAAAGAUGACGGUGUGCGUCCCAGUCGAAACAGUUCGCCCCAUGUCAUUGUUUGACGUGUUGGUCUUCGGCAGGUUUUUUGGUCUGUUCUGAACACGUUUGACGUGUUGGUCUUCGGCAGGUUUUUUGGUCUGUUCUGAACACGUUUGACGUGUUGGUCUUCGGCAGGGUUUUUGGUCUGUUCUGAACACGUUUGACGUGUUGGUCUUCGGCAGGUUUUUUGGUCUGUUCUGAACACGUUUGACGUGUUGGUCUUCGGCAGGGUUUUUGGUCUGUUCUGAACACGUUUGACGUGUUGGUCUUCGGCAGGUUUUUUGGUCUGUUCUGAACACAAAGGUUUUAUUGAGGCAAGUCGAAGUUCCUGAGCCGCAGUCUACGCCCCUUCGGCUGUCAACAGUACUACUCCUAGUAGGAGCGGGGACAUGAAGUGUUUUUGUUGUCGUUCAACAAGAGAUUACUACUUUUCAUGCACCGUUUUUCACUUCAGAAAUACUGCACCAAACAUCUUAGUUAGAUGUACAAUUGUGCGACUAAGACCUCCAGCAGCAAAAACUUCCAAAAUGAAUGACAGAUUUCUUGAUUUAUCUUAGAUUCAUUCAGACGAUUUUGAGCAACCGUUUCUGGCUAUGUUGUUGCUACGGUGGCUCAAGAGAGAGAAACAACAGUCAUAUUGUAGCGUUUUUCUAGUUUUACAAGCCAAGGUCUUUAGGGAGUAUGAGAGCACCAGACGGUCGCUUCACCAAGCCGAUAUCUGCUAGGAGCAAACUGAACCUGAGGUGAUUCCCACUGGGCAGCUGUAUAACGGUAUUGCCGGUGGUAGCUAAUGUGGCAAUUUCUUUACCCUCACAUACAGUGGGGGGGAAAAGUAUUUAGUCAGCCACCAAUUGUGCAAGUUCUCCCACUUAAAAAGAUGAGAGAGGCCUGUAAUUUUCAUCAUAGGUACACGUCAACUAUGACAGACAAAUGGAGAGAAAAAAAUCCAGAGAAAAUCACAUUGUAGGAUUUUUUAUGAAUUUAUUUGCAAAUUAUGGUGGAAAAUAAGUAUUUGGUCACAGCCUACACAAGACAUAACUAUACUGAACAAAAAUAUAAACGCAACAUGCAACAAUUUCAAUGAUUUUACUAUGUUACAGCUCAUAUAAGGAAAAUCAGUCAAUUGAAAUAAAUUCAUCAGGCCCUAAUCUAAGGAUUUCACAUGACUGGGCAGGGACACAGCCAUGGGUGGGCCUGGCUCCUCAGGGGGUGGGCCUGGCUCCUCAGGGGGUGGGCCUAUGCCCUCCCAGGCCCACCCAUGGCUAUGCCCCUGCCCAGUCAUGUGAAAUCCAUAGAUUAGGGCCUGAUUAAUUUAUUUCAAUUGACUGAUUUUCCUUAUAUGAAUUGUAACAUUGUAAAAUCAUUGACAUUGUUGCAUGUUGCCAAUCAGAAUGAGUUUUUCUCACAAAGGGGCUUUAUUACAGACAGAAAUACUCCUCAGUUUCAUCAGCUGUCCGGGUGGCUGGUCUCAGACGAUCAGGUGAAGAAGCCGCAUGUGGAGGUCCUGGUCUGGCGUGGGUACACGUGGUCUGUGGUUGUGAGGCCGGUUGGAUGUAGUGCCAAAUUCUUUAAAAUGAUGUUGGAGGCUGGUUUUUUUGGUAGAGAAAUUAACAUUAAAUUCUCAGGCAACAUCUCUGGUGGACAUUCCUGCAGUCAGCAUGCCAAUUGCACGCUCCCGCAAAACUUGAGACAUCUGUGGCAUUGUGUUGUGUGACAAAACUGCACAUUUUUAGAGUGGUCUUUUAUUGUCCCCAGCACAAGGUGCAUCUGUGUAAUGAUCAUGCUGUUUAAUCAGCUUCUUGAUAUGUCACACCUGUCAGGUGGAUUGAUUAUCUUGGCAAAGGAGAAAUGCUCACUAACAGGGAUGUAAACAAAUUUGUGCAAAACAUUUGAGAGAAAUAAGCUUUUUGGGCAUAUAGAAAAUGUCUGGGAUCUUUUAUUUCAGCUCAUGAAACAUGGGACCAACACUUUAAAUGUUGCCUUUUUAUAUUUUUGUUCAGUGUAAUAUUGAUAACAUCUAGAUGUCACCUUAAUACAUUCUACUUAAUGGGGACGACAUGAACGGCUUAUCAUCAGUACUUUAUAAUAAGAAAUGGUCAGUUUUACUAACUGCAGAUUUAGAAUUAUUUGUGUAAAACUAACGGUGAAAUACAGCUCAGACUAAUCAUCUGGCUUCAAAACAGAAGUCCAAACUCUCGCGAUACGGUGGUUGUAUGGUAAGAAACGAAAAACCACACCGCUUAAUCAAAACCGUUUAACCAAUAAUGGAGCGCUGAUGUUACGCCAUCACUGUUGAUCUACCCGCUGAUGUUACGCCAUCACUGUUGAUCUACCCGCUGAUGUUACACCAUCACUGUUGAUCUACCCGCUGAUGUAACACCAUCACUGUUGAUCUACCCGCUGAUGUAACACCAUCACUGUUGAUCUACCCGCUGAUGUUACGCCAUCACUGUUGAUCUACCCGCUGAUGUAACACCAUCACUGUUGAUCUACCCGCUGAUGUAACACCAUCACUGUUGAUCUACCCACUGAUGUAACACCAUCACUGUUGAUCUACCCGCUGAUGUUACGCCAUCACUGUUGAUCUACCCGCUGAUGUUACGCCAUCACUUAUUUCGCCACGCCCACUUUCACUCACUCCAGAUAUGCAGUACUAUCCAUACCUAAAGAGAACUGAUGAUAAUGGCCUCGUUCGAGAGCAUCAAAACCGUGAUGCAUCAUGGGUCAGUUGUGACUGACUGACUGAUCUACAAAUCACACUGAGUAGUCACAGUGCCUUGCAAAAGGAUUCAGACCCCUUGGAUUCAUACUGAGUAGUCACAGUGCCUUGCAAAAGGAUUCAGACCCCUUGGAUUCAUACGGAGUAGUCACAGUGCCUUGCAAAAGGAUUCAGACCCCUUGGAUUCAUACUGAGUAGUCACAGUGCCUUGCAAAAGGAUUCAGACCCCUUGGAUUCAUACGGAGUAGUCACAGUGCCUUGCAAAAGGAUUCAGACCCCUUGGAUUCAUACUGAGUAGUCACAGUGCCUUGCAAAAGGAUUCAGACCCCUUGGAUUCAUACGGAGUAGUCACGGUGCCUUGCAAAAGGAUUCAGACCCCUUGGAUUCAUACUGAGUAGUCACAGUGCCUUGCAAAAGGAUUCAGACCCCUUGGAUUCAUACGGAGUAGUCACGGUGCCUUGCAAAAGGAUUCAGACCCCUUGGAUUCAUACUGAGUAGUCACAGUGCCUUGCAAAAGGAUUCAGACCCCUUGGAUUCAUACGGAGUAGUCACGGUGCCUUGCAAAAGGAUUCAGACCCCUUGGAUUCAUACUGAGUAGUCACAGUGCCUUGCAAAAGGAUUCAGACCCCUUGGAUUCAUACGGAGUAGUCACGGUGCCUUGCAAAAGGAUUCAGACCCCUUGGAUUCAUACUGAGUAGUCACAGUGCCUUGCAAAAGGAUUCAGACCCCUUGGAUUCAUACUGAGUAGUCACGGUGCCUUGCAAAAGGAUUCAGACCCCUUGGAUUCAUACGGAGUAGUCACAGUGCCUUGCAAAAGGAUUCAGACCCCUUGGAUUCAUACUGAGUAGUCACAGUGCCUUGCAAAAGGAUUCAGACCCCUUGGAUUUCUUUACAUUUUUAUUGUGUUAAAAAGUGGGAUUAAAGUGGAUUUAAUUGUCUUUUUUUUUUGUCAACAAUUUACUCAAAAUACUCUGUCAAUGUGGUCCUCUGUAGCUCAGCUGGUAGAGCACGGUGCUUGUAACGCCAAGGUAGUGGGUUCGAUCCCCGGGACCACCCAUACGCAAAAAUUUAUGCACGCACGACUGUAAGUCGCUUUGUAUAAAAGCGUCUGCUAAAUGGCAUAUUAUUAUUAUUAUUAUUAUUAUUAUUAUUAUAAAAUAAAAAAUUGAUAACUAAAAUAUAGUCGUUGCAUAAGUAUUCAGCCGCUUUGUUUAGGAAAGUCUAUAUUAGUUCAGGAGUCAAAUGUGGCUUAACAAAUCGCAUAAUAAGUUACAUGGACUCACUCUGUGUGAAGUAAUAUGGGUUGACAUGAUGUUUGAAUGACUACCCCGUCCUCUGUCCCCCAUACAUACAACAUCUGGAAGGUCCACUACCCCGUCCUCUGUCCCCUAUACAUACAACAUCUGGAAGGUCCACUACCCCUUCCUCUGUCCCCUAUACAUACAACAUCUGGAAGGUCCACUACCCCGUCCUCUGUCCCCUAUACAUACAACAUCUGGAAGGUCCACUACCCCUUCCUCUGUCCCCUAUACAUACAACAUCUGGAAGGUCCCUCAGUCAAGUAUUGAAUUUCAAGCACAGAUUCAACUACAAAGACCAGGGAGCUUUUCGAAAGCCUCAUAAAGAAGGGCAGUGAUUGGUGGAUGGGGAAACAAUAACAAAUCAGACAUUGAAUAUCUCUUUUAAGCAUUGGUCAAGUUAAUAAUUAUGCUGUGGAUUACGUAUUAAACCAGACACGUCGAAGAUAGUUGUCCUUCUGAACUGAACUGCAGGACAGGAAUGAACCUGCUCAGGGAUGUUACCAUGAGGUCAUUGGUUAUUUGAAAACAUGUACAGAGUUCAAUGGCUGUGAUGGGAGAACUGAGGGUGGAUCAACAUUUGUAGUGACGUCACAAUCACGACUUAAACGACAGUGAAAAGAACAAUGGAAAUAUACAGAAUCAGAAUAUUCCAGAACAUUCUGUAUGCAACAAGGCACUGAAGUAAUACUGAAGGGAAAAAAAACACUGCAAAGGAACACACUUUUUGGCCUAAUGCCCCCCCCCACCCAAAGAAUGAGCAAAUCCAACACAACACAUCACUAAGUAAAGGCGUCCGCAUGCUUCCCAGCUGAAACAGUUCGGAACAGUUCGUGCAUAUAUUAUGACAACAUUUUGUGACGUUUUUGUUCGUUUUGGACUUAGGCAAGGGGGUUUUCGGGCUGUUUGGGCACACAUUUCUUCUCGAGGAAAGUCGAAGUCUACGCCCCCUCGUCUGCGAUUGGUCAACAGUAGGGAUUCUUCAAUGAAAUGCCUGAUGUCAUUCAACGAGAGACGACUCGUCCUCAUGGAAAAAUAAUUUACUUGAGAAAAUACUGCACCAAUCAUUCUAGUCAGAUGCAAAAUUGCACGACUACGAUCUCCUCAGCAAAAACGUCAAAAUGAAUGACAGAUUUCUUGAGUUAUCUUAGAUGAAUUCAGACUAUUUUGAGGAAGUGUAUAAUUGCUGCGUUUUUCAGGAUAAAAAUAAAUGGGACUGGAUGGAGCUAAGCACAGGCAAAAUCCUAGUGGAAAACCUGCUCCAGUCUGCUUUCCACCAGAGACUGGUAGAGGAAUUCACCUUUCAGCAGGACAAUAACCUAAAACACAAGGCCAAAUCUACACUGGAGUUGCUUACCAAGAAGACAGUGAAUGUUCCUGAGUGGCCGAGUUACAGUUUUGACUUAAAUCUACUUGAAAAUCUUUGGCAAGACUUAAAAAUAGCUGUUUAGCCAUGAUUCCCAACAUCUUGACAGAGCUUGAAGAAUUAUGAAAAGAAUAAUGGGCAAAUGUAAUAAAAAUAAUAUUGCACAAUACAGGUGUGGUAAAGCUCUUAGACUUACCCAGAAAGACUCACAGCUGUAAUCGUGUUUCUAACAUGUAUUGAUUUAGGGAGCUGAAUACUAAUGCAAAGACUAUAUAUUUUUGUUAUUUAAUUUCUAUUAAUCUUUAAAUGUAAAACAUUUAUAAAAUAUACUUUGACAGAGUAUUUUGUGUAGAUUGUUGAUAAAAAAGGACAUUUGAAACCCACUUUGUAACACAAUGAAAUGUGAUGAAAUCCAAGGAUACUUUUGCAAGGCACUGUAUUUAUGAUGCAAGGUGAUUUUGUAGAGCAGUCAGUCUCGAUUCGCCUUUCAAGUCGGCUUCAAUGUUGAAGGCGCCUAACGAAUCACCUAUACUCAGCAGUGCAUCAGUGUUUUCCACUCAUUUAUCGAACUUGGGAACCAUGCCAAUAUGUCAUCAUUGACACAUUUCAGUAGAUGUAUGUUUUUUUUUACUUGAUUUAAUUAGCUGAUUGAUUGAUUGGACUGUUAGACUUUGUCUGUGUAUGUAAUCUUCGCCAUUCAGGACAUUGGCUAUUAGAAUAUGAACCAGGUAGUUCAUAGCUGUUCUUUUGACCUUUUCAGAUAUUUUCAACGGACAGACAUCUAAACUUUCCAGCUACACGGUUGUGAAGCCUCAGCUUAUUCAGAGGAGAUGGGCUAGAGAUGCAGACAGACUUCCUGAAUCGGGAAAGGUAGGAUACCUACAGGUCUCCAACUCGUGGUUUUUGACACACGAUGGUACAUGACUGGCGUAUUUUCAUGUGACGUGACUGUGCUGCGUCGGAACUCAUUUCAGACUCAAGAACCUGAGAGGCUUUCUUAUUCGUUGAUCAUUGACGACAAGGAACACUUCCUCCAUCUAAAAAAGAACACGUAUGUCAGCGCAUUAUUUUUCUAUUGCAUAUUAGUAAUUACCUUAAUGUCACACAAUUCUAUGCUUGUGGAGUGAUCUGUGUAUUUUUCUUUUGUCAGAGAGUUUUUAUCCGAAAGCUUUGUUCAGUUUUCCGAUGAUGACAGUGGGAAUCUGACGCCUACAUAUCCUAAGCCCGAUGUAAGUAGCAGUGACUACAUUACAGAAUGACAUUGGGGGGAAUGUAAGGGGAGACUCGGGAUGGAUGGAUGGGUGGGUGGGUGGGAGGGGGACUGACAAGCAACCUUGGUUGCUGGGUGGGGUGGGAGGCAUGCUUUCUUCGGGCUGGGGGGCAUGGUUUAUUGGGUACGCCCAUCUAGAACUGGGUCGGACCCCCCCCCCCUUUCCCUCCAGAACAGCUUGAAUUCUUCGGGGUAUUCUACAAGGUGUCGGAAACGUUCCACAGGGAUGUUCGUCCAUGCUGAUGCGAUAGCAUCAUGCAGUUGCUGCAGAUUGGACGGCGGUACAUUCAUGCUGUGAACAGCCCGUUCCAUCUCAUCCCAAAGAUGCUCUAUUGGGUUGAGGUCUGGGGACUGCACAGGCCACUCAAGUAAACUGAACUAGCUGUCAUGUUCCAGGUGAUGUUUUUCCACUCCUCAGUUGUCCAGUGUUGGUGAUGGCGUGCCCACUGGAGCCGCUUCUUCUUGUUUUUAGCUGAUAGGAGUGGAACCCGGUGUGGUCGUCUGCUGCAAUAGCCCAUCCGUGACAAGGACCGACGAGUUGUGCGUUCCGAGAUGCCGUUCGGCACACCACUGUUGUACUGUACCGUUAUUUGUCUGUUUGUGGCAUACCUGUAAGCUUGCACGAUUAUUUCGCCCACAGGACUGCCGCUGACUGGAUGUUUUUUGUUUGUCGCACCGUUCUCGGUAAACCCUAGACGCUGUUGUUCGUAAAAAGCCCAGGAGGGCGGCCGUUUUCUGAGACCUGGCACCGAUGACUAUACCACGCACAAAGUCGCUUAGGUCACUCGUUUUGCCCAUUCUAACGUUCAAUGGAACAGUAACUGAAUGCCUCGAUGCCUGUCUGCCUGCUUUAUAUAGCAAGCCACGGCCACGUGACUCACUGUCUGUAGGAGCGAUCCAUUUUCAUGAACGGGGCGGUGUAUCUAAUAAACUGGCCAGUGUGUAUGUGUAUAUAAUUAAUUAUAUAUAUAUAUAUAUAUAUAUAUAUAUAUAUAUAUAUAUAUAUAUAUAUAUAUAUAUAUAUAUAUAUAUAUAUACAGUACCAGUCAAAAGUUUAUUUUUUUCAGAUUAUUUUUUUAAAUAAAGAAAAACCCUUGAAUGAGUAGAUGUGUCCAAACUUUUGACUGGUACUGUACAUAUACAUGCAUACAUACAUACAUACAUACAUACAUACAUACAUACAUACAUACAGUGGGGAAAACAAGUAUUUAGUCAGCCACCAAUUGUGCAAGUUCUCCCACUUAAAAAGAUGAGAGAGGCCUGUAAUUUUCAUCAUAGGUACACUAUGACAGACAAAAUGAGAUUUUUUUUUCCAGAAAAUCACAUUGUAGGAUUUUUAAUGAAUUUAUUAGCAAAUUAUGGUGGAAAAUAAGUAUUUGGUCAAUAACAAAAGUUUCUCAAUAAUUUGUUAUAUACCCUUUGUUGGCAAUGACACAGGUCAAACGUUUUCUGUAAGUCUUCACAAGGUUUUCACACACUGUUGCUGGUAUUUUGGCCCAUUCCUCCAUGCAGAUCUCCUCUAGAGCAGUGAUGUUUUGGGGCUGUCGCUGGGCAACACGGACUUUCAACUCCCUCCAAAGAUUUUCUAUGGGGUUGAGAUCUGGAGACUGGCUAGGCCACUCCAGGACCUUGAAAUGCUUCUUACGAAGCCACUCCUUCAUUGCCGGGCGGUGUGUUUGGGGUCAUUGUCAUGCUGAAAGACCCAGCCACGUUUCAUCUUCAAUGGCCUUGCUGAUGGAAGGAGGUUUUCACUCAAAAUCUCAUGAUACAUGGCCCCAUUCAUUCUUUCCUUUACACGGAUCAGUCGUCCUGGUCCCUUUGCAGAAAAACAGCCCCAAAGCAUGAUGUUUCCACCCCCAUGCUUCACAGUAGGUAUGGUGUUCUUUGGAUGCAACUCAGCAUUCUUUGUCCUCCAAACACGACGAGUUGAGUUUUUACCAAAAAGUUAUAUUUUGGUUUCAUCUGACCAUAUGACAUUCUCCCAAUCCUCUUCUGGAUCAUCCAAAUGCACUCUAGCAAACUUCAGACGGGCCUGAACAUGUACUGGCUUAAGCAGGGGGGCACGUCUGGCACUGCAGGAUUUGAGUCCCUGGCGGCGUAGUGUGUUACUGAUGGUAGGCUUUGUUACUUUGGUCCCAGCUCUCUGCAGAUCAUUCACUAGGUCCCCCUGUGUGGUUCUGGGAUUUUUGCUCACCGUUCUUGUGAUCAUUUUGACCCCACGGGGUGAGAUCUUGCGUGGAGCCCCAGAUCGAAGGAGAUUAUCAGUGGUCUUGUAUGUCUUCCAUUUCCUAAUAAUUGCUCCCACUGUUGAUUUCUUCAAACCAAGCUGCUUACCUAUUGCAGAUUCAGUCUUCCCAGCCUGGUGCAGGUCUACAAUUUUGUUUCUGGUGUCCUUUGACAGCUCUUUGGUCUUGGCCAUAGUGGAGUUUGGAGUGUGACUGUUUGAGGUUGUGGACAGGUGUCUUUUAUACUGAUAACAAGUUCAAACAGGUGCCAUUAAUACAGGGAACGAGUGGAGGACAGAGGAGCCUCUUAAAGAAGAAGUUACAGGUCUGUGAGAGCCAGAAAUCUUGCUUGUUUGUAGGUGACCAAAUACUUAUUUUCCACCAUAAUUUGCAAAUACAUUCAUUAAAAAUCCUACAAUGUGAGUUUCUGGAGAGAAAAAAAUCUCAAUUUGUCUGUCAUAGUUGACGUGUACCUAUGAUGAAAAUUACAGGCCUCUCUCAUCUUUUUAAGUGGGAGAACUUGCACAAUUGGUGGCUGACUAAAUACUUUUUUUCCCCACUGUACAUACAUAAUAUUUCCACAUGGCUGCUCUUGUUUGAAUGACAUGCCUGUGUAUAGCUGCAUGUCACAUUGCAGGUCCAUUGUUAUUACCAUGGUGACGUGUGUUGCAGGUCCAUUGUUAUUACCAUGGUGACGUGUGUUGCAGGUCCAUUGUUAUUACCAUGGUGACGUGUGUUGCAGGUCCAUUGUUAUUACCAUGGCGAUGUGGAGGAUCAUGAAGACUCUCUGGUCGCCCUCAGCACCUGCUCAGGUCUCAGGUCAGUCUCUCAUUCACUUAUAUAUAAUAAUACUAAUCCUCAGUACCUGCUGACCUCAGGUCAGUCUUAUAUAAUAAUAAUAAUAAUAUGCCAUUUAUCCAUGUGUGCAUACAUUUUUACGUAUGGGUGGUCCCAGGGAUCGAACCCACUACCCUGGCGUUGCAAGCGCCAUGCUCUACCAACUGAGCUACAGGGGACCACAUGCUUUUGUGUUUGUAGACCUGUAAAUAGGGUUGUGUUGUAUUCCACAUUCAUUGUUCUCAUGAGAGGGCUUUAAAUUCCUCUUAACAAGGAAGUUCUCCAGUCCUUUCAUAAUAGUUUCCUGGUUUGUCGAACCAUUUAUCCUGUUUCCCUGUCUUUCACUUUUAUUGGCUGACUUCAGCUUGAUGGGAGGAAAUGCUGUUAAACCAUUGAUGUUCUGUGAAUAAAGUAAUUUGUCAGCAUUGAUUAAAUUUAUCUGCUUCUUUUUAGGGGUGUCAUUCUCCUUGGCAACCAGAGUUAUGGGCUUGAACCAGUCAAGCAGUCGACAAAUAAUGAGCACCUCCUCUACCGCCUGGAGCACAGCCAAUCAGAGCCCUUUGUCUGCGGAGUGACCAAUGAGACGUCGCACACUGAGAGUCACUCACCCUUCGACCCCUCCCUCUCGAUGACGGCACUUUUACGGGUUGGGAUGUGUCUAUUACACAGCCUAGCAGAACAUAACAGAUAUUAAAGUGUAUUCGGGGUGAAUGUUCUGAUGACUGUCCAGACUAAACACACGCGAAUGGAUGUACUAGUCUCACUAAGGACUUUCUCUCAUUUCUUCAUAACAGAGAAAACGUAAUUUACCUCAGACCAGAUAUGUCGAGUUGGUGUUGGUUGCUGACUUUCUCAGGGUAAAAUACUUACUAUUUGUCAAUUUUAUAGAUGAUGUGUAACUUGUAUAGGGUGUUCCAACCUCUCCUCUGGGACCCCAAGCCGACCCCCAGCCGUUCCAUGCAUUUAACUAUUCCACAGCUAGCUCACCUGAUUCAACUUGUCAACUUAAUCACCAAGCCCUUCACCUAGGUCAAUCAGGUGAGAUGGCUCAGGGCUACGACUAAAUUGUGAAAACGUCUGGGGGGGUCCACGAGGAGAGGUUUCAAAACCACUUGCCUAAUGUGUAAUCGUGAGUUAAUGAUACUCUAAUGGGUUAUAUUAGAAUGUAUUCCUAUAUGAUCAUCAACUGACUGAGUUCUGCUGUUUCUCACCAGUAUACCUACAAGAAGAAGAACGAGACAGCGGUGCGCCAGGAGAUGGUGGAACUAGCCAAUCUGCUGGAUGGGGUGACAAACUUAUUUCCCUCUCUCGCUACUCAGUCUCAAGCGAACAAACAUUGUUACACCGAAACGUACUUUCUUCGUCCUCAUUGAGACCUACGGCUACAAUGAGCUCUUCACUCAGGAGAAACAAGAGAAAGUACUAGACCAAGGGGUUGUUCAAAUGUUACCCUGGGACGUACGGCCCACUGCUGGUUGUCUGUUCUCCCUGGGACGUACGGACUACUGCUGGUUGUCUGUUCUCCCUGGGACGUACGGCCCACUGCUGGUUGUCUGUUUUACCUGAUCAUUAAUAUCACCCACCUGGUGGCACAGGUCUAACUCAGUCCCUGAUUAGAGGGGAACAAUGAAAUAAGUGGCUUCCAGGUCCAGAUUUGAAUUUGAAGGUACUAGACAAUCAAAUGUAUUUAUUCAUAAAGCCCUUUUUCACAGCAGCAGAUGUCACAAAGUGCUUUAUACAGAAACCCAGCCUAAAACCCCAAACGGCAAGCAAUGCAGAUCCAAUUUGUAAGUGGCUCUGGAUAAGAGCGUCUGCUAAAUGACUUAAAUGCAGAUGUAGAAGCACGGUGGCUAGGAAAAACUCCCUAGAAAAGGCAGCAACCUAGGAAGAAACCUAGAGAGGAACCAGGCUCUGAGGGGUGGCCAGUCCUCUUCUGGCUGUGCUGGGUGGAGAUUAUAAGAGUACAUGGCCAUUAAGGCCAGAUCGUUCUUCAAGAUGUUCAAACGUUCAUAGAUGACCAGCAGGGUCAAAUAAUAAUCACAGUGGUUAUAGAGGGUGCAACAGGUCCGCUUCCAGGUCCAGAUUUGAAUUUGAGGGUACUAGAUUAUGUGGCUGUGUGUCCUGUAAUAAUUAGCAUAAACUGAUGUCUUUUUAUAUGUUUUUCUCUAUCCAUCUACAGUACUAUAAGAAGCUGAAUAUCCGCGUGGUGUUGGUCGGCCUGGAGAUCUUUAAGGAAGCCAACCCCUUUAGUGUGGAAGGCUCCGCGGGGGAAGUGUUGGGACGUUUCGUCAAGUGGAGGGCGACGGAGCUGCUACCCCGGAUCAGGCAUGACGACGCGCAGCUCGUUGUGUGAGUGGAGAGAUGUAUGGGUUCUGUGUGGCUCAGUUCGUAAGAGAAUGGCGCUAGCUAGGUCGUGGGUUCGAUUCCCGUAGCGAUCACAUGUACACAUACUAAAAAAAUGCAUACAGUCACUAUAGUAUGUACGUGGCUUUGAAAAGACAGUCUGCUAAGUGGCAUAUUCUAUUGUAUUAGAUAUUUGCAUAUGUCAGUACAUUUAUUGACAUUUUCUCCUUUUUAUUUUGUUCCAUUUUAAAUAUUUGAAUACCGCUGGUGUCUUCAGCCAGCCAGGUCUGUGAUUUAGCAUCCGACCACCGACUAGCGUGUGGUCCUCUGUAGCUCAGCUGGUAGAGCACGGCGCUUGUAACGGCAGGGUAGUGGGUUCGAUCCCCGGGACCACCCAUACACAAAAAUGUAUGCACGCAUGACUGUAAGUCGCUUUGGAUAAAAGCGUCUGCUAAAUGGCAUAUUAUUAUUUAUUAUUAUUCAUCUAAUACUGAGCAGUUUGUCUCCAGCCGAUGCAUAGCAAUGACUAGUUGAUAAAUGUUUCAAUUGUGUCCCGAUUACCCAAUCAUCUUAAGCCCUACGAGGUCCGGACUACUGCUGGUUCUCUCCUAUCUGAUAAUGAAUUGCACCGACCUGAUGUCCCAGGUUGAACUCAGUACAGGAACAAUGAACCAAAGCAGUGGAACUGGCUUCCACGCCCAGAGUUACAUUAUACAGCAGUGGAACUGGCUUCCACGCCCAGAGUUACAUUAUACAGCAGUGGAACUGGCUUCCACGCCCAGAGUUACAUUAUACAGCAGUGGAACUGGCUUCCACGCCCAGAGUUACAUUAUACAGCAGUGGAACUGGCUUCCACGCCCAGAGUUACAUUAUACAGCAGUGGAACUGGCUUCCACGCCCAGAGUUACAUUAUACAGCAGUGGAACUGGCUUCCACGCCCAGAGUUACAUUAUACAGCAGUGGAACUGGCUUCCACGCCCAGAGUUACAUUAUACAGCAGUGGAACUGGCUUCCACGCCCAGAGUUACAUUAUACAGCAGUGGAACUGGCUUCCACGCCCAGAGUUACAUUAUACAGCAGUGGAACUGGCUUCCACGCCCAGAGUUACAUUAUACAGCAGUGGAACUGGCUUCCACGCCCAGAGUUACAUUAUACAGCAGUGGAACUGGCUUCCACGCCCAGAGUUACAUUAUACUCUGUAAUGGAAGUGGACUGUAGUGUAGACUGAUGGAAAGUUGUCAUGUAUUUUUCUGCAGUGGUGUGAAAAAGUACCCAGUUGUCAUACUUGAGUAAAAGUAGAAGAAACCUUUUAACAGGAAAUGACUCAAGUAAAAGUGAAAGUCACUCCAGUAAAAUACUACUUGAGUAAAAGUCAAAAAUUAUUUGGUUUUAAAUAUACUUAAGUAUCAAAAGUAAAUGUCAUUGCAAAAAUGUACUUUAGUGUCAAAAGUAAAAGUAUAAAUCAUUUCAAAGUCCUUUAAUAUUAAGCAAACCAGUUGGCACAAUUGUUCGUGUUUUUAUUUUAUUUGCGGAUAGCCAGGGGCACACUCCAACACUCAGACAUCAUUCAGAAACAAAGCAGUUGUGUUUAGUGAGUCCGCCAGAUCAGAGGCAGUAGAGAUGACCAGGGAUGUUCUCUUGAUAAGUGUGUGAAUUGGACCAUUUUCUUGUCCUGCUAAGCAUUCAAAAUGUAACGAGUACGUUUGGGUGUCAGGGAAAAUGUAUGGAGUAAAAAGUACAUUAUUUUCUUUAGGAAUGUAGUGAAGUAAAAGUAAAAGUAGUCAAAAAUAUAAAAAGUAAAGUACAGAUACCCAAAAAAAACUACUGAAGUACUUUACACCACUGAUUUUCUGUAUUGUAAGCUGAUCUACAGCUACGAUACUUGUCCUGCAAUGUCUGACAUGUUUUCUCUUGGUUUUCCCAGCGGUCUGUUAGUUGAUCAGCUUUGUUUUAUCCUGUAAUGUUUUUUUUUUUUUUUUUAUUCUGUCUUUGUUUCCCAGUGGUCGGGCGGGUGCGUAUGCGGGAGGGGUCCUGGGCAUGGCGUUCGUGGGCACCGUGUGUUCUGCGGCCACCGCUGGAGGAAUCAAUGUGGUUAGUAGACAGUACAACUUACCCUUGUAUCAGACUAACGCAUAAAGCAUGUUUCAAAACUCGAGGCCCGCGGGCUGGAUACGCCCAUUCAAUGCAGCCCGCGGGUAGUUUGAGUUUAACCCCCUAAGGUCGAUGUCCCUACGGAAACUCAAUUAGCGUAAUAAUAAAAAAUCCCCAUAGAAACGUGUCAGUUUAAGAUAGAGAGAUCUGUGUUUUUUGCAUUGGAUGCAUCUUGAUCCACCGCAUCCGCCGAUGUCGCACUUCCACAUCUGAGGUGAAAGGUGACUGAGCUAGAGUGGUGUUUGUCAGACCAUGAGACAUCCUGAAAAUCUGUCUUCUCAAAAGCAUGUUUCAAACUCGAUGCCUGCGGGACGGAUACGCCCAUUCAAUGCAGCCCGCAGGUAGUUUGAGUUUAAAGCUCCCAUGCAGUCUUUUUAAUGGUAUUUUUAAUCUAAGUUUACAUUGAAAUUACUGUAGUCCAAAGAAACCAAUGAAAAGGCUUCCUUUGUGGCGUAGUGGUUUUGUCCUAACACCUAGCAGACUAACACCUAGCAGACUAACACCUAGCAGACUAACACCUAGCAGACUAACACCUAGCAGACUAACACCUAGCAGACUAACACCUAGCAGACUAACACCUAGCUGACUAACACCUAGCAGACUAACACCUAGCAGACUAACACCUAGCUGACUAACACCUAGCAGACUAACACCUAGCUGACUAACACCUAGCAGACUAACACCUAGCUGACUAACACCUAGCUGACUAACACCUAGCAGAAUAACACCUAGCUGACUAACACCUAGCAAACUAACACCUAGCAGAAUAACACCUAGCUGACUAAUCCUUGUAACAGCUAGCCAGAGACAGGACCCUAACACCUAGCAGACUAACACCUAGCAGACUAACACCUAGUAGACUAAUCCUUGUAACAGCUAGCCAGAGACAGGACCCUAACACCUAGCAGACUAAUCAUUGUAACAGCUAGCCAGAGACAGGACCCUAACACCUAGCAGACUAAUCCUUGUAACAGCUAGCCAGAGACAGGACCCUAACACCUAGCAGACUAAUCCUUGUAACACCGAGCCAGAGACAGGACCCUAACACCUAGCAGACUAACACCUAGCAGACUAAUCCUUGUAACAGCUAGCCAGAGACAGGACCCUAACACCUAGCAGACUAAUCCUUGUAACAGCUAGCCAGAGACAGGACCCUAACACCUAGCAGACUAAUCCUUGUAACAGCUAGCCAGAGACAGGACCCUAACACCUAGCAGACUAAUCCUUGUAACAGCUAGCCAGAGACAGGACCCUAACACCUAGCAGACUAACAGCUAGCAGACUAAUCCUUGUAACACCGAGCCAGAGACAGGACCCUAACACCUAGCAGACUAAUCCUUGUAACAGCUAGCCAGCUAGUACCAUCUGACGUUGUGGUUGUUAGCGUUGUGAGGUCAUGUCAGCCACCUGAUAGGUCUAGAUUAUUCAUGAGUCACUCUGAUGUAGGAAGACAAUAGUGCAGUUUGUUCUCAGACACACCAUGGCUGCUUCCCAAAUGACACCCAUAUUCCCUUUUAAUGACACUACUUUUGACCAGAGCCUUGAUCUAAAGUAGUGCACUAUAAAAGCAAUAGAGUACCAUUUGGGACGCUGCUCAUGAAUAACACAGGAGUCAAACGGCUACACAGAUGUAACAGGCAAGACCAGUCCACAGUGACGAAGAACAGCGUCUGUGGCAUUCCACAGACCAGUCCACAGUGACGAAGAACAGCGUCUGUGGCAUUCCACAGACCAGUCCACAGUGACGAAGAACAGCAUCUGUGGCAUUCCACAGACCAGUCCACAGUGACGAAGAACGGCGUCUGUGGCAUUCCACAGACCAGUCCACAGUGACGAAGCACGGCGUCUGUGGCAUUCCACAGACCAGUCCACAGUGACGGAGCACAGCGUCUGUGGCAUUCCACAGACCAGUCCACAGUGACGAAGCACAGCGUCUGUGGCAUUCCACAGACCAGUCCACAGUGACGAAGAACAGCGUCUGUGGCAUUCCACAGACCAGUCCACAGUGACGAAGAACAGCGUCUGUGGCAUUCCACAGACCAGUCCACAGUGACGAAGAACGGCGUCUGUGGCAUUCCACAGACCAGUCCACAGUGACGAAGAACGGCGUCUGUGGCAUUCCACAGACCAGUCCACAGUGACGAAGCACGGCGUCUGUGGCAUUCCACAGACCAGUCCACAGUGACGAAGCACAGCGUCUGUGGCAUUCCACAGACCAGUCCACAGUGACGAAGCACAGCGUCUGUGGCAUUCCACAGACCAGUCCACAGUGACGAAGAACAGCGUCUGUGGCAUUCCACAGACCAGUCCACAGUGACGAAGAACAGCGUCUGUGGCAUUCCACAGACCAGUCCACAGUGACAAAGAACAGCGUCUGUGGCAUUCCACAGACCAGUCCACAGUGACGAAGAACAGCGUCUGUGGCAUUCCACAGACCAGUCCACAGUGACGAAGAACAGCGUCUGUGGCAUUCCACAGACCAGUCCACAGUGACGAAGCACAGCGUCUGUGGCAUUCCACAGUCCAGUCCACAGUGACGAAGAACAGCGUCUGUGGCAUUCCACAGACCAGUCCACAGUGACGAAGAACAGCGUCUGUGGCAUUCCACAGACCAGUCCACAGUGACGAAGAACAACGUCUGUGGCAUUCCACUGACCAGUCCACAGUGACGAAGCACAGCGUCUGUGGCAUUCCACUGACCAGUCCACAGUGAUGAAGCACAGCGUCUGUGGCAUUCCACAGACCAGUCCACAGUGACGAAGCACAGCGUCUGUGUCAUUCCACAGAUUCUCCUUUGUAUUGUAAUGUGCAGCGCUCUGUGUAAUACCAGUUUCCAAAGGCUCCUGUUUGUCGUUAUGGUAUUCAGAGUAUUUUAAACUCCUUUUUGUGCUUUUGGUUUAAAUCAUAAUUUCUUCUUAUACACUUUGAACGAUUCCAAAUAUGAAACCUAUAUGAGCAGCGUGUGUGUGUGUCUUCCACUGAAUGUUUUCUCCAGUAUGGUGGCGACAAUCUGGGCUACGUCUCCACCGUAGUGGCCCACGAGAUGGGCCAUAACCUGGGCAUGAAUCACGAUGACGGCCGCUGCACCUGUAAUGGAGGGAGCUGUGUCAUGGCUGCCACGGCAUCGUAAGUAAAGUCCUGUCAUCACCACACACUAAACCAACGUUCUUCUUUUAUUUGACCCCUUUUUUUUCCCCCCUUUGCAUUGUCUUUUUAAGAGGCCAUCUGCUAUUCAACCUGUUUGUUGAACUAUAUUAGAUGUGAAGUUGCCACUGUAUUGGUCAACACUGUUUGGACACACCUACUCAUUCAACUGUUUUUCUUUAUUUUUACAUUUUUUUACAUUGUAGAAUAGUAGUGAAGACUUCAACUAUGAAAUAACACAUGGAAUCAUGUAGUAACCAAAAAAGUGUUAACAAUUUAAAAUAUAUAUAUAUUUCAGAUUCUUCAAAUAGCCACCCUUUGCACACUCUUGGCAUUCUCUCAACCAGCUUCACCUGGAAUGCUUUUCCAACAGUCUUGAAGGAGUUCCCACAUAUGCUGAGCACUUGUUGGCUACUUUUCCUUCACUCAUCCCAAACCAUCUCAAUUGGGUUGAGGUCGGGGGAUUGUGGAGGCCAGGUCAUCUGAUGCAGCACUCCAUCACUCUCCUUCUUCGUCAAAUAGCCCUUACACAGCCUGGAGGUGUGUUGGGUCAUUGUUCUGUUGAAAAACAAAUGAUAGUCCCACUAAGCCCAAACCAGAUGGGAUGGCGUAUCGCUGCAGAAUGCUGUGGUAGCCAUGCUGGUUAAGUGUGCCUUGAAUUCUAAAUAAAUCACAGACGGUGUCACCAGCAAAGCACCCCCACACCAUAACACCUCCUCCUCCAUGCUUUACGGUGGGAAAUACACAUGCAGAGAUCAUCCGUUCACCCACACCGCGUCUCACAAAGACACAGCGGUUGGAACAAAAAAUCUCAAAUUUUGACUCUAGACCAAAGGACACAUUUCCACCGGUCUAAUGUCCAUUGCUCGUGUUUCUUGGCCCAAGCAAGUCUCUUCUUAUUGGUGUCCUUUAGUAGUGGUUUCUUUGCAGCAAUUCGACCAUGAAGGCCUGAUUCACACAGUCCCCUCUGAACAGUUGAUGUUGACAUUUGUCUGGGACUUUAAAUCUGUGAAGCAUUUAUUUGGGCUGCAAUUUCUGAAGCUGGUAACUCUAAUUAACUUAUCCUCUGCAGCAGAGGUAACUCUGGGUCUUCCUUUCCUGUGGCGGUCCUCAUGAGAGCCAGUUUCAUCAUAGCGCUUGAUGGUUUUAGCGACUGCACUUGAAGAAACUUUCAAAGUUCUUGAAAUUUUCCACAUUGACUGACCUUCAUGUCUUAAAGUAAUGAUGGACUGUUGUUUCUCUUUGCUUAUUUGAGCUGUUCUUGGCAUAAUAUGGACUUGGUCUUUUACCAAAUAGGGCUAUCUUCUGUAUACCCCCCCUACCUUGUCACAACACAAUUGAUUGGCUCAAACGCAUUAAGAAGGAAAGGAAUUCCACAAAUGAACUUUUAAGAAGGCACACCUGUUAAUUGAAAUGCAUUCCAGGUGACUACCUCAUGAAGCUGGUUGAGAGAAUGCCAAGAGUGUGCAAAGCUGUCAUCAAGGCAAAAUGGUGGCUAUUUGAAGAAUCUCAAAUAUAAAAUAUAUUUUCAUUUGUUUAACACUUUUUUGGUUACUACAUGAUUCCAUAUGUGUUAUUUCAUAGUUUUGAUGUCUUCACUAUUAGUCUACAAUGUAAAAAUAAAGAAAAACCCUUGAAUGAGUAGGUGUAUCCAAACUUUUGACUGGUAGUGUAUGUAUACACAAAGGUAUGUGGACACCCCUUCAAAUUAGUGGAUUUGGCUAUGUCAGCAACGGGUGUGGCUGAAAGGUGUAUAAAAUCGAUCACACAGCUAUGCAAUCUCCAUAGACAAACAAUGGCAGUAGAAUGGCCUUACUGAAGAGCUCAGUGACUUUCAACGUGGCACCGUCAUAGGAUGCCACCUUUCCGGCAUGUCAGUUUGUCAACAUUCUGCCCUGCUAGAGCUGCCCUAGUCAGCUUUAAGUGCUGUUAUUGUGAAGUGGAAACGUUUAGGAGCAACAACGGCUCAACCGUGAAGUGGUAGGCCACACAAGCUCACAGAACGGGACCGCCGAGAGCUGAAGCGCAUAGCAUAAUUCAAUUGUCUGUCCUCGGUUGCAACACUCACUACCGAGUUCCAAACGGCCUCUGAAAGCAACGUCAGCACAAGAACUGUUCGUUGGGAACUUCAUGAAAUGGGUUUCCAUGGCCGAGCAGGCGCACACAAGCCUAAGAUCACCAUGCGCAAUGCCAAGCAUUGGCUGGAGUUGUGUAAAGCUUGCUGCCAUUGGACUGGAGCAAUGAAUCACGCUUCACCAUCUGGCAGUACGACGGACAAAUCUGGGUUUGGUGGAUGCCAGGAGAACGCUACCUGCCCCAAUGCAUACUGACAACUGUAAAGUUUGGUGGAGGGGGAAUAAUGGUCUGGGGCUGUUUUUCAUGAUUCGGGCUAGGCCCUUUAGUUCCAGUGAAGGGAAAUAUUUACACUACAUCAUACAAUGACAAUCUAGACGAUUCUGUGCUUCCAACUUUGUGGCAACAGUUUGGGGAAGGCCCUUUCCUGUUUCAGCAUGACAAUGCCCCUGUGCACAAACCGAGGUCUAUACAGAAAUGGUUUGUCGAGAUCGGUGUGGAAGAACUUGACUGGCCUGCACAGAGCCCUGACCUCAACCCCAUUGAACACCUUUGGGAUGAAUUGGAACGCCGACUGCGAGCCAGGCCUAAUCGCCCAACAUCAGUGCCCGAACCUCACUAAUGCUCUUGUGGCUGAAUGGAAGCAAGUCCUGCAAUGUUCCAACAUCUAAUGGAAAGCCUUCCCAGAAGAGUGGAGGCUGUUAUAGCAGCAAAGGGGGGACCAACUCCAUAUUAAUGCCCAUGAUUCUGGAAUGAGAUGUUUGACGAGCGGGUGUCCACAUACUGUUGGUCAAAUUGAUAAGUGGAUGUCUGAUAGAAAUAAAGCCAUUGAUUUUGUAAAUGAUUGAAUGAUUCCAUUUCUAUAGUAUGCAUGUUAGAAAGGGUGUGCACUGUGCACCCCAGGUACUGUCUGUCUCUGUGCUGUCUGCCGUCUGUACUGGCGUCUGUCUCUGCUGGCCGUCUGUCUUGUCUGUCUGCCUGACCUGUCUCCCGUCCAACGUCAUCUCUGUUGCUGUGUGUGCAUCUGUAUGUGUUGAUAACGUGAGAUGCCUGCUGCUCUGGAACACCCCGGUCUGUCCUGUCUUCUGUCUGUCUGUCUGUCUGUCUGCUGUCUGUCUGCUCUGUCUGUCGUCCUGUCUGUCCUGCCUACCUGCUGUCUGUCUGUCUGUCUGUCUUGUCUGCCUGUCUGUCCUGUCUGUCUGUCCUGUCUGUCUGCCUGUCUGUCUGUCUGCUCUGUCCUGUCUGUCUGCUCUGUCUGCUGUCUGCCUUGUCCUGUUGUCCUCCCUUCUGUGGGUAUGUCCUAUGAAUGGCCUGUCUUGCCUGUUGCCUGAUUCUUUGCCUGUUCCUGUCUAAUUGAUCUGUUAAUUCCCUGGUACUGCCUGUGGCCUGUCUGCUUACUACCUUUGAUGGCUGCCCACCAUCUGGUUAUGACCUUUAUGGCUUCUAUUUUGUUUGAUCAUUGACACAUGAUUGAUUUGUAUAUUGAUUCAUGAUUGUUUUUUAUUGAGCUUUGGUAGAGAUCUUGCUGGUGUUUGGUGUUUUGGAUCAUUAUGGAUCCCCAUUAGUUCCUGCCAAGGCAGCAGCUACCCUCUUCCUGGGGUUUAGUAUGGGAUCCCCGAUUAGUUCCUGCCAAAGGCAAGCAGAGUACUCUUCCUGGGGUUUAUUAUGGAUCCCCAUUUAGUUCCUGCCAAGGCAGCAGUUACUCUUCCUGGGGUUUAUUAUGGAUCCCCAUUAGUUCCUGCCAAGGCAGCAGCUACUCUUCCUGGGGUUUAUUAUGGAUCCCCAUUAGUUCCUGCCAAGGCAGCAGCUACUCUUCAUAGAUGACCAGCAGGGUAAAAUAAUAAUCACAGUGGUUGUAGUCCUGUGUAGCUCAGUUGGUAGAGCAUGGCGCUUGCAACGCCAGGGUUGUGGGUUCGAUUCCCACGGGGGACCAGUAUGAAAAAUAAAUAAAUAAUUGCACUCACUAACUGUAAGUCGGUCUGGAUAAGAGCGUCUGCUAAAUGACUAAAAUGUCAAAUGUAGAGGUUGCAACAGGUCAGUACCUCAGGAGUAAAUGUCACUUGGCUUUUCAUAGCCGGGCAUUUAGAGGUUGAAAUAGCAGGUGCGGUAGAGAGAGAGAGUUGAAAACAGCAGUUCUGGGACAAGGUAGCACGUCUGGUGAACAGGUCAGGGUUCCAUAGUCGCAGGCAGAAGAGUGGAAACUGGAGCAGCAGCACGACCAGGUGGACUGGGGACAGCCAGGAGUCAUCAGGCCAGGUAGUCCUGAGGCAUGGUCCUAGGGUUCAGGUCCUCCGGGAGGGGGAGAGAGAGAGAGAGGGAGAAUUAGAGGGAGCAUACUUAAAUUCAUACAGGACACCAGAUAAGACAGGAGAAUAACACCAGAUAUAACAGACUGACCCCAGCCCCCCGGCACAUAGACUAUUGCAGCAUAGAUACUGGAGUCAAGGCAGCAUCUAGUCUUCCUGGGGUUUAUUAUGGAUCCCCAUUAGUUCCUGCCAAGGCAGCAGCUACUGUACUUGGUCCAACAAAAUGAAGGCAGUUAUAUACAAUUACAACCGAUUUCACAACACAUUAAGUGUGUUCCCUCAGGCCACUACUCUAUCACAUAUCUAUCCUUGUGUACGUGUCUUAUGUGUGUCUGUGUCUGUGUGUGUGUCUCUUCACAGUCCCGGCUGUUCCAUAAGGUGUAGUUUUAUCUGGUUUAAAAAAAUAUAUCUGAUUCUACUGCUUGAAUGAGUUGAUGUGGAAUAGAGUUCCCUGUAGUCAUGGCUCUAUGUAGUACUGUGUGCCUCCCAUAGUCUGUUCUGGACUUGGGGACUGUGAAGAGACCUCUGGUGGCAUGUCUUGUGGGGUAUGCAUGGGUGUCCGAGCUGUGUGCCAGUAGUUUAAACAGACAGCUCAGUGCAUUCAGCAUGUCAAAUACUUCUCACAAAUACAAGUAGUGCUGAAGUGAAUCUCUCCUCCACUUUGAGCCAGGAGAGAUUGACAUGCAUAUUAAUAAUGUUAGCUCUCCGUGUAAUUUAAGGGCCAGCCAUGCUGCCCUGUUCUGGGCCAAUUGUAAUUUCCCAAGUCCCUCUUUGUGGCACCUGACCACACGACUGGACAGUAAUCCAGGUGCAACAAAACUAGGGCCUGUAGGACCUGCCUUGUUGAUAGCAAUGUCCAGAAAGCAGAGCAGCGCUUUUAUUAUGGACGUCUUAGCUACUGUUUCAUCAAUAUGUUUUGACAAUUACAUUUUACAAUCCAGGGUUACUCCAUGCAGUUUAGUCUCCUCAGCUUGCUCAAAUUCCACAUUAUUCAUUACAGGAUUUAGUUGAGGUUUAGUGAAUGAUUGGUGCCAAAUACAAUGCUUUUAGUUUUUUAAAUAUUUAGGACCAGCUUAUUUCUUGCCACCCAUUCUUAAACUGACUGCAGCUCUUUAAGUGUUGCAGUGAUUUCACUUGCUAUGGUAGCUGACGUGUAUAAUAUUGAGUCAUCAGCAUACAUAGACACACAGGCUUUACUCAGAGCCAGUGGCAGGUCAUUAGUAAAGAUUGAAAAAAGUAAGGGGCCUAGACAGCUGCCCUGGGGAAUGCCUGACUCUACCUGGAUUUUGUUGGAGAGGCUUGGAGAGGCUUCCAUUAAAGAACACCCUCUGUGUUCUGUUAGACCAGUAGCUCUCGAUCCACAUUAUAGCAGGGGAUGUAAAGCCAUAACACAUACGUUUUUCCAGCAGCAGAUUAUGAUCGAUAAUGUCAGAAGCUGCACUGAAGACUAACAGAACAGCUCCCACAAUCUUUUUAUCAUCAAUUUCUCUCAGCCAGUCAUCAGUCAGUGUUGUGCUUGUUGAAUGUCCUUCCCUAUUAUCGUGCUGAAGUCUGUUAACUUGCUUACUGUGAAAUAGCAUUGUAUCUGGUCCCCCAAAGAAAUGGCCCCUUUACUAAGGGUUGGUAACAGGCUGAUUGGUUGGCUGUUUGAGAAGCCGGGUAAAGGUUUGCUUUGCUAUCUUUGGUGUUGGAAUUACUUUGUUCCCUAGUAGGCACAAUUGCAGGCUUAGAUUGAAGAUACAUGGAAAAAGUAUUAUCGCCACCAUGUGCAAGUUCUCCACCAAGAUGAGAGGCAUUUCAUCAUUGUUCAACUAUGACAGCAGGCAUUGUGAUUUUUAUAAUUAGCAAUUAUGGUGGAAGAUUUGGUCAAUAACAAAAGUUUCUCAAUACUUUGUUAUAUACCCUUUGUUGGCAAUGACACAGGUCAAACGUUUUCUGUAAGUCUUCACACACUGUUGCUGGUAUUUUGGCCCAUUCCUCCAUGCAGAUCUCCUCUAGAGCAGUGAUGUUUUGGGGCUGUCGCUGGGCAACACGGACUUUCAACUCCCUCCAAAGAUUUUCUAUGCUGUUGAGAUCUGGAGACUGGCUAGGCCACUCCAGGACCUUGAAAUGCUUCUUACGAAGACACUCCUUCGUUGCCCGGGCGGUGUGUUUGGGAUCAUUGUCAUGCUGAAAGACCCAGCCACAUUUCAUCUUCAAUGCCCUUGCUGAUGGAAGGAGGUUUUCACUCAAAAUCUCGCGAUACAUGGCCCCAUUCAUUCUUUCCUUUACACGGAUCAGUCGUCCUGGUCCCUUUGCAGAAAAACAGCCCCAAAGCAUGAUGUUUCCACCCCCAUGCUUCACAGUAGGUAUGGUGUUCUUUGGAUGCAACUCAGCAUUCUUUGUCCUCCAAACACGACGAGUUGAGUUUUUACCAAAAAGUUCUAUUUUGGUUUCAUCUGACCAUAUGACAUUCUCCCAAUCCUCUUCUGGAUCAUCCAAAUGCACUCUAGCAAACUUCAGACGGGCCUGAACAUGUACUGGCUUAAGCAGGGGGACACGUCUGGCACUGCAGGAUUUGAGUCCCUGGCGGUGUAGUGUGUUACUGAUGGUAGGCUUUGUUACUUUGGUCCCAGCUCUCUGCAGGUCAUUCACUAGGUCCCCCCGUGUGGUUCUGGGAUUUUUGCUCACCGUUCUUGUGAUCAUUUUGACCCCACGGGUUGAGAACUUGCGUGGAGCCCCAGAUCGAGGGAGAUUAUCAGUGGUCUUGUAUGUCUUCCAUUUCCUAAUAAUUGCUCCCACAGUUGAUUUCUUCAAACCAAGCUGCUUACCUAUUGCAGAUUCAGUAUUCCCAGCCUGGUGCAGGUCUACAAUUUUGUUUCUGGUGUCCUUUGACAUUUCUUUGGUCUUGGCCAUAGUGGAGUUUGGAGUGUGACUGUUUGAGGUUGUGGACAGGUGUCUUUUAUACUGAUAAGAAGUUCAAACAGGUGUCAUUAAUACAGGUAAUGAGUGGAGGACAGAGGAGCCUCUUAAAGAAGAAGUUACAGGUCUGUGAGAGCCAUGAAUCUUGCUUGUUUGUAGGUGACCAAAUACUUAUUUUCCACCAUAAUUUGCAAAUAAAUUCAUAAAAAAUCCUACAAUGUGAUUUUCUGGAUUUUUUUUUCUAAUUUGUCUGUGAUCGUUGACGUGUUACCUAUGAUGAAAAUUACAGGCCUCUCUCAUCUUUUUAAGUGGGAGAACUUGCACAAUUGGUGGCUGACUAAAUACUAUUUUUCCCCACUGUAUGGCAAAUAGGAGUGGCAAUAUCGUCCGCUAUCAUCUUCAGUAAUUUUCCAUCCAAGAUGUCAGACCCAGGUAGCUUUAUCAUUGUUGAUAGACAACAAUCAUUUUUUUUUUUUCAGCUCUUCCACACUCACUUUAAGGAUUUGUUUUAUAAUUUGGUCAGUUAUGCAUGGAUGUGUAGGUUCAGAAUUAGUUGUUGGCGUUGUCAUGCCUGAAUGUGCUAAUCUUGCCGAUGUUGCAGGAGUGCACCAAUAAGUGCUGCGACGCGGCCACCUGUAAGUUGACCUGGGGAUCGGCCUGCGCUCAGGGAAGCUGCUGCAAGGACUGCAAGGUUAGUCGGCUGCUGUCUGUCUUCUAAACUGUAUGGAUUAGGAUGCUCCCAAACCGGACAGCAAAUCAAUGAUUUUCAAUUAGAGUCGUUUGUUGGGGGGGGGGGAGGGCCUAUAGGAUUGUGUUGCGCUGUUUGUCAGAAAUGUUUGGGAGGUUUCAACUUUUUAAUGCAAUGAUGGAUCCGUCAACCGAUUUUUGAAAAAUGAUUAAUAACGUUUCUCCGGCCUAAUUUCUCUCCAAUUUCAGAUCAGCGUGUCAGGGACACCGUGCAGGGGAUCUGUCAACACAUGUGACCUCCCAGAAUACUGCAACGGCUCCACAGCCUUCUGUCCCUCUGACUUCUAUAUCAUGGACGGGCUUCCCUGUGAGAAUGACGCAGCGUACUGUUACGAGGGCCGCUGCCAGACCUACGACUACCAAUGCAAAUUUCUCUUUGAAGAAGGUAGGCUAUUGUACAAAAUGAACACCGGUAUAUCUGACAUGACUGCAUUGGCCUUUUUUAAACGAACAAGAAAGUACUGUCACCUUGUGUCUGGCAGUUAAUACUUUUAUUUCUUAGUCUGAAAUGUAUAUCUUUUGAUUAUUUUAUUUCCAGGUGCAAGAAAGGCAGCAGAUGUCUGCUUUCAGACUGCUAAUCUAAAGGGGGAUACGUUUGGGAACUGUGGAAGGACAUCGUCAGGGACCUAUGUGAAAUGUAGCUUGGCGUAAGUGCUCAGAAUUUGUUAUCAGCAUUCAUAAUUAAAAGUAAGAUAAGAAAUAUUUUAUUUAUUUUGUCUUAGUGAAUUUAUAUUUGUCAUAUUGUAUAGGAAAACGGUCUGAGUAUAGAAAACAGAAACGGGCUGAGUAUAGGAACAGAAACAGAAACGGGCUGAGUAUAGGAACAGAAACGGGCUGAGUAUAGGAACAGAAACGGGCUGAGUAUAGGAACAGAAACGAAACGGGCUGAGUGUAGGAACAGAAACGGGCUGAGUAUAGGAACAGAAAUGGGCUGAGUAUAGGAACAGAAACGGGCUGAGUAUAGGAACAGAAACAGAAACGGGCUGAGUGUAGGAACAGAAACAGAAACGGGCUGAGUAUAGGAACAGAAACGGGCUGAGUAUAGGAACAGAAACAGAAACGGGCUGAGUGUAGGAACAGAAACGGGCUGAGUAUAGGAACAGAAACGGGCUGAGUAUAGGAACAGAAACGGGCUGAGUAUAGGAACAGAAACAGAAACGGGCUGAGUGUAGGAACAGAAACAGAAACGGGCUGAGUAUAGAAAACAGAAACGGGCUGAGUGUAGGAACAGAAACAGAAACGGGCUGAGUAUAGAAAACAGAAAUGGGCUGAGUAUAGGAACAGAAACAGAAACGGGCUGAGUGUAGGAACAGAAACAGAAACGGGCUGAGUAUAGGAACAGAAACGGGCUGAGUAUAGGAAACGGGCUGAGUAUAGGAACAGAAACGGGCUGAGUAUAGGAACAGAAACGGGCUGAGUAUAGGAAACGGGCUGAGUAUAGGAAACAGAAACGGGCUGAAUAUGUAAACGGGCUGAGUAUAGAAACGGCCUGAGUAUAGAAACAGACUGAGUAAGAAACAGAAACGGGCUGAAUAUGUAAACGGGCUGAGUAUAGGAACGGCCUGAGUAUAGAAACAGAAACGGGCUGAGAAUAGAAACGGGCUGAGUAUUGAACCAGAAACGGGCUGAGUAUAGAACCAGAAACGGGCUGAGUAUAGGAAUUGAGUAUAGAACCAGAAACGGGCUGAGUAUAGAAACAGAAACAGGCUGAGUAUAGAACCAGAAACGGGCUGAGUAUAGGAAUUGAGUAUAGAACCAGAAACGGGCUGAGUAUAGAACCAGAAACGGGCUGAGUAUAGAACCAGAAACGGGCUGAGUAUAGAACCAGAAACGGGCUGAGUAUAGAACCAGAAACGGGCUGAGUAUAGAACCAGAAACGGGCUGAGUAUAGAACCAGAACCAGACUGAGUAUAGAGUUACUGCUGAUGCCGUCCCUGUCUCCCUGCAGUAAUGCCAUGUGUGGGAAGGUGCAGUGCACUAAUGUAGACACCAACAAGCCCCCUCCUGGAGGCUCCGUCAGUAACCAGAUUAUAGAUGGCUCGUCAUGUGUCAACGCAGACUUUAACCUUGGCACUGAUGUUCUGGACCCUGCCUAUGUCCACCGGGGCAGCCCCUGUGCCAAGGGAAUGGUAAGGCUUAUGGGUCAUUUUGGUUUUGGGGUCCCUUUUCCAUCUUUCCAUUUGACAUUUUAGUCAUUUAGCAGACACUCUUAUCCAGAGCGACUUACAGGAGCAAUUAGGGUUAAGUGCCUUGCUCAAGGGCACAUCGACAGAUUUUUCACCUAGUCGGCUCAGGGAUUAGAACCAGCGACCUUUCGGUUACUGGCACAACGCUCUAAACCACUAAGCUACCUGCCUACCUAUCUUUCUAAGAUGAUUUCACUUCUUCCACAGGGUGUGUGUGUGUGUUGAGGCAUUAGGAGUACAGUAAUGCUUUGUAGACAUUGCUAUGGGACAUUUGAUUGAAUCCAGAGAUAAAACCCAGUACUCAUCUCUUUUUUCUUCCAGGCCUGUAUUGACUUCCAGUGUGUGAAUGCCUCAGCUCUACUGCCUGUGAACCUCCACUGUGAUGCCAAGAACACAUGUAACAGUCGGGGGGUAAGAUAAGAUGUCGUCCUCUAGAAGGGGUUGGACAUAUCCCAUGUUACAGGCUCUCUGAUGGCCUCUUCUGGGGAGAGAUAUCGUCUUCUAGAAGGGGUUGGACACUAUCUGAUGGCCUCUUCUGGGGAGAGAUCUCGUCCUCUAGAAGGGGUUGGACACAUCACAUGUUGCAGGCUCUCUGAUGGCCUCUUCUGGGGAGAGAUCUCGUCCUCUAGAAGGGGUUGGACACAUCACAUGUUGCAGGCUAUCUGAUGGCCUCUUCUGGGGAGAGAUCUCGUCCUCUAGAAAGGGUUGGACACAUCACAUGUUGCAGGCUAUCUGAUGGCCUCUUCUGGGGAGAGAUCUCAGUGUCUAUUGUAUUGGUUGGUUGAUUGGUUGAUUAAUUAAUUGAUUGAUUGGUUGAUAUAUCUUCCCCAGGUGUGUAAUAACAAGGGGAACUGCCACUGUAUUGACGGCUGGGGACCUCCUUACUGUGCCAAGUCCGGGAGAGGGGGCAGUGUGGACAGCGGCCCUGCUCAGAUAGGUACUGUUCACUGAACACCUUUCCCAUCUCUACCUGCCAUUAUAGAUAGGUACUGUUCACUGAACACCUUUCCCAUCUCUACCUGCCAUUAUAGAUAGGUACUGUACACCUUUCCCAUCUCUACCUGCCAUUAUAGAUUGUUACUACCGCUGUCUGAUAUAUUAUAGCUUAAUUGAUUGGCUUUCAAGUGUAGUAGAGUGUCUUUUAAAGUGGAUCCCUCAUGAUCAGUCCUGUCUGCUGGUCUAUUUGGUAAGGUGUUUUACCUCGCCCUGUGCACCGAUUGGGUUUGCAGUUCAGGCAUGUCUCAAAUGUGCAAACUCCUCACACUGCACAGAGUGAGCUGAAUGGACUGCACCUGUGUGUGAUGCGUGCUGUCAGGGGAGUUGGGGCAGAAGACGCAUUUGUUGUAACAUGGACAACAAAGUUGUAUUGUUCUCUUCACUAAUAACUGUUCCCAGAUCACUCCCUGUGGGACGGCCUGCUGAUCUUCACUAAUAACUAUCCCUCUGCUGUUCCCAGAUCACUCCCUGGGGGACGGCCUGCUGAUCUUCACUAAUAACUAUCCCUCUGCUGUUCCCAGAUCACUCCCUGGGGGACGGCCUGCUGAUCUUCACUAAUAACUAUCCCUCUGCUGUUCCCAGAUCACUCCCUGGGGGACGGCCUGCUGAUCUUCACUAAUAACUAUCCCUCUGCUGUUCCCAGAUCACUCCCUGGGGGACGGCCUGCUGAUCUUCACUAAUAACUAUCCCUCUGCUGUUCCCAGAUCACUCCCUGAGGGACGGCCUGCUGAUCUUCACUAAUAACUAUCCCUCUGCUGUUCCCAGAUCACUCCCUGAGGGACGGCCUGCUGAUCUUCACUAAUAACUAUCCCUCUGCUGUUCCCAGAUCACUCCCUGUGGGACGGCCUGCUGAUCUUCACUAAUAACUAUCCCUCUGCUGUUCCCAGAUCACUCCCUGAGGGACGGCCUGCUGAUCUGCACUAAUAACUAUCCCUCUGCUGUUCCCAGAUCACUCCCUGAGGGACGGCCUGCUGAUCUGCACUAAUAACUAUCCCUCUGCUGUUCCCAGAUCACUCCCUGAGGGACGGCCUGCUGAUCUUCACUAAUAACUAUCCCUCUGCUGUUCCCAGAUCACUCCCUGAGGGACGGCCUGCUGAUCUUCACUAAUAACUAUCCCUCUGCUGUUCCCAGAUCACUCCCUGAGGGACGGCCUGCUGAUCUUCACUAAUAACUAUCCCUCUGCUGUUCCCAGAUCACUCCCUGAGGGACGGCCUGCUGAUCUUCACUAAUAACUAUCCCUCUGCUGUUCCCAGAUCACUCCCUGAGGGACGGCCUGCUGAUCUUCACUAAUAACUAUCCCUCUGCUGUUCCCAGAUCACUCCCUGGGGGACGGCCUGCUGAUCUUCACUAACCCUCUGCUGUUCCCAGAUCACUCCCUGAGGGACGGCCUGCUGAUCUUCACUAAUAACUAUCCCUCUGCUGUUCCCAGAUCACUCCCUGAGGGACGGCCUGCUGAUCUUCACUAAUAACUAUCCCUCUGCUGUUCCCAGAUCACUCCCUGAGGGACGGCCUGCUGAUCUUCUUUCUGCUGGUGGUUCCCAUCCUGGUGCUCCUGGUGUUGGUGCUGCUCUAUGUGUUUAGAAGGGAUACCCUGGAACGAUGCCUCAAAGGACUGCGCUCAACAUGCUCGAGGUAAACCCAGUCAUGUGUAUAAACAAUGUUUGUCUAUAACCACGUUUCCAUCCACAGUUUGUGAGUAAAGUCAGCUGUGAUGGAAACAGGACGUUGCGGUGACAUGGUAUAAAUGCUAGCAGAUCAUGUGUUUGUUCGACAAUGGUGGGAUCCUUUUGGAUUGAUCAUAUUAUUUAUGCGAGAAAUGGCGACAGAAACACCUUUUUAUGUGCAAAUAUUGAUAUAAUAACCAUUAUAUCGAAGUAAACUUGGGGUCACGCGAUGAUAUGGUGUGUGGUCCUCCCACUGCGACUCAGGAAACCAGGCAGUUUAUUAGGCUACAGAUUAAAUAAGUUAUGAUGAACUUCACAGGGUGGUGAAAGUUGCACGGUGAUGAUCCUUUCCAAUAAAUAUCCAGGGUCUUCUUCUGGUGACAUGAUGCUCGACUGCCAAAAAAAAUCUAAGGUCUUAUUCUGGUGACAUGAUGAUCGAUGCUCGACUGCCGUUUGACAAACACAAAUACUCUCUCUCUUAGCCAUAAUAAUCUCAUCAUGUAGACUAACCUACUCUAUCUGAGAGCUGUUGAGCGGUUGGCUGGAGCUCAGACUAACCUACUCUAUCUGAGAGCUGUUGAGCGGUUGGCUGGAGCUCAGACUAACCUACUCUAUCUGAGAGCUGUUGAGCGGUUGGCUGGAGCUCAGACUAACCUACUCUAUCUGAGAGCUGUUGAGCGGUUGGCUGGAGCUCAGACUAACCUACUCUAUCUGAGAGCUGUUGAGCGGUUGGCUGGAGCUCGCGUGCCAAGACCAGAGUGGGCACAUUUGCUAUUUUAACGCAAACAGUUGUGAAAAAAAACUAUUGGUCGAGUUAAAAAUGCAAACGGAAACAUAUUGAACUUUAGAUUGUUAUUCGGUACACGAAUACUUAAGCAAAGAAGAACAUUUCGUGUGCACUUCACGCACUUUUUUUUAUCCGCAACAAGUCAGUUUGGUGGAAACACACCACUGGUGGGAAAAUGUGCAUAUUUUCUUUAUGCGGAUUCUAGAGUAUUCGCAUGAAAAUCUAUUGCUAAUUGGAUGGACACCUAGCUAUAGACGCCUAGCCUAGCUAUAGACACCUAGCCUAGCUAUAGACGCCUAGCCUAGCUAUAGACGCCAAGCCUCGCUAUAGACGCCUAGCCUAGCUAUAGACGCCUAGCCUAGCUAUAGACGCCUAGCUAUAGAAGCCUAGCCUCGCUAUAGACACCUAGCCUAGCUAUAGACGCCUAGCCUCGCUAUAGACGCCUAGCCUAGCUAUAGACGCCUAGCCUAGCUAUAGACGCCUAGCCUAGCUAUAGACGCCUAGCCUAGCUAUAGACGCCUAGCCUCGCUAUAGACGCCUAGCCUCGCUAUAGACGCCUAGCCUAGCUAUAGACGCCUAGCCUCGCUAUAGACGCCUUGCCUCGCUAUAGACGCCUAGCCUAGCUAUAGACGCCUAGCCUAGCUAUAGACGCCUAGCCUAGCUAUAGACGCCUAGCCUAGCUAUAGACGCCUAGCCUAGCUAUAGACGCCUAGCCUCGCUAUAGACGCCUAGCCUAGCUAUAGACGCCUAGCCUAGCUAUAGACGCCUAGCCUAGCUAUAGACGCCUAGCCUAGCUAUAGACGCCUAGCCUAGCUAUAGACGCCUAGCCUAGCUAUAGACGCCUUGCCUCGCUAUAGAUGCCUUGCCUCGCUAUAGACGCCUUGCCUCGCUAUAGACGCCUAGCCUCGCUAUAGACGCCUAGCUAUAGACGCCUAGCCUCGCUAUAGACGCCUAGCUAUAGACGCCUUGCCUCGCUAUAGACGCCUAGCCUAGCUAUAGACGCCUAGCCUCGCUAUAGAUGCCUAGCCUAGCUAUAGACGCCUAGCUAUAGACGCCUUGCCUCGCUAUAGACGCCUAGCCUAGCUAUAGACGCCUAGCCUAGCUAUAGACGCCUAGCCUAGCUAUAGACGCCUAGCCUAGCUAUAGACGCCUAGCCUAGCUAUAGACGCCUUGCCUCGCUAUAGAUGCCUUGCCUCGCUAUAGACGCCUUGCCUCGCUAUAGACGCCUAGCCUCGCUAUAGACGCCUAGCUAUAGACGCCUAGCCUAGCUAUAGACGCCUAGCCUCGCUAUAGACGCCUAGCCUAGCUAUAGACGCCUAGCCUAGCUAUAGACGCCUAGCCUCGCUAUAGACGCCUAGCUAUAGACGCCUAGCCUCGCUAUAGACGCCUAGCCUAGCUAUAGACGCCUAGCCUAGCUAUAGAAGCCUAGCCUAGCUAUAGACGCCUAGCCUCGCUAUAGAUGCCUAGCCUAGCUAUAGACGCCUAGCUAUAGACGCCUAGCCUAGCUAUAGAUGCCUAGCCUAGCUAUAGACGCCUAGCUAUAGACGCCUAGCCUAGCUAUAGACGCCUAGCCUCGCUAUAGACGCCUAGCCUCGCUAUAGACGCCUAGCCUCGCUAUAGAUGCCUAGCCUAGCUAUAGACGCCUAGCUAUAGACGCCUAGCCUAGCUAUAGACGCCUAGCCUCGCUAUAGACGCCUAGCCUCGCUAUAGACGCCUAGCCUCGCUAUAGAUGCCUAGCCUAGCUAUAGACGCCUAGCUAUAGACGCCUAGCCUAGCUAUAGACGCCUAGCCUCGCUAUAGACGCCUUGCCUCGCUAUAGAAGCCUAGCCUCGCUAUAGACGCCUAGCCUCGCUAUAGACGCCUAGCCUCGCUAUAGACGCCUAGCCUCGCUAUAGACGCCUAGCCUAGCUAUAGACGCCUAGCCUCGCUAUAGAUGCCUAGCCUAGCUAUAGACGCCUAGCCUAGCUAUAGAUGCCUUGCCUCGCUAUAGACGCCUUGCCUCGCUAUAGACGCCUAGCCUCGCUAUAGACGCCUAGCCUAGCUAUAGACGCCUAGCCUAGCUAUAGAUGCCUAGCCUAGCUAUAGACGCCUAGCCUCGCUAUAGACGCCUAGCCUCGCUAUAGACGCCUAGCCUAGCUAUAGACGCCUAGCCUAGCUAGACCGCCUAGCUAUAGACGCCUAGCCUGCUAAACGCCGCUCGCUAUAGACGCCUUGCCUCGCUAUAGACGACCUAGCCUAGCUAUAGACUCCUAGCCUCGCUAUAGACGCCUAGCCUAGCUAUAGACGCCUAGCCUAGCUAUAGACGCCUAGCCUCGCUAUAGACGCCUAGCCUAGCUAUAGACGCCUAGCCUAGCUAUAGACGCCUAGCCUAGCUAUAGACUCCUAGCCUAGCUAUAGACGCUUAGCCUAGCUAUAGACUCCUAGCCUAGCUAUAGACGCCUAGCCUAGCUAUAGACUCCUAGCCUAGCUAUAGACGCUUAGCCUAGCUAUAGACGCCAAGCUUAUGAGUAAACCAACAAAAAAAAGUGACAAACUGGGUACAUCUCAUCACAAAACCGUACAAACCUAGUUUGUGGCAUUUCUUUGAUUCGUUCAACAGGUUGUGUGACAUAGAAAUUGUAUGAGAUUAAAAGCAUGUAUUAUGUAAAACUGGGUAACUUUCUCCCGGUCACAGCUGUUGCUUUUCACAUGAUGAUGUCUAAUGUCCGCAGGUCAAAGAACACAGCGAAUGGCCAUGUCCCAAGACGAGCAACUCCACAGGCCCCAGCAACACAGGCCCCACCCCGUCAGGUAAACAGUUUUCCCAGCAACACAGGCCCCACCCCGUCAGGUAAACAGUUCCACUGCAUGUACAGUGGGAUCUGAUAUUGACACCCUUGAUAAAGAUGAGCAAAAAUGACUGAAAUAAAUCAUUAAAAUACUGAGCUAUAAAAAAAAUUGAAAUGAUUAUUUAAUACAUAAUUCUCAAAACGUUAAAGGUCAAAAUUGACACCCCUGUUUUCAAUACCUGACCUUGCAAGGAUAACAGAACUGAGCCUUUUUCUAAAAUGUUUAAUGAGUUGGAGAACACAUUGGGAGGGAUCUUAGACCAUUCCUCCAUACAGAACGCUUCCAGAUCCUUGAUAUCCUUUGUCUGCGCUUAUGGACUAUAAUAAUAAUAAUAAUAAUAUGCCAUUUAGCAGACGCUUUUAUCCAAAGCUACUUACAGCCAUGUGUGCAUACAUUUUUACGUAUGGGUGGUCCCGGGGAUCGAACCCACUACCCUGGCGUUACAAGCGCCAUGCUCUACCAAUUGAGCUACAGAGGACUACCCUCAUCAAUUCAAACCACAGGUUUUCAGUCCGGAGACUGAGAUGGCCAUUGCAAAAUGUUGAUUAUGUAGCCGAAUAACAAUUUAUUUGUGGAUUUUGAUGUGUGCUUGGGGUUAUAGUCUUGCUGGAAGAUCCACUUGCGGCCAAGUUUCAGCCUUCUCACAGAGGCAACCAGGUUUUGGGCUAAAAUGUCUUGGUACUGGGUAAAGUUCAUGAUGCCGUUGACCUUAACAAAGGCUCCAGGACCAGUGGAAGCAAAACAGCCCCAAAACAUCAAAGCUCCACCGCCAUAUUUUACAGUAGGUAUAGGGUUAUUUUCUGCUCAUGCAUUCUCAUUUCAAAACGCCAAACCCACCACUGGCGUUCGUGGCCAAAGAGCUCUAUUUUGAUGUCACGGCGUUGGCACUUGAAUUGGAACUGGCGCUUUGGUCAGAUGACAUGAAAAUAGAGCUCUUUGGCACCACCAUGGGACUGGGCUAUGUCUCCCGAGUGGCGCAGUGGUCUAAGGCGCUGCAUCGCAGUGCUAGCUGUGCCACUAGAGAUCCUGGUUCGAAUCCAGGCUCUGUCGUAGCCGGCCGCGACCGGGAGACCCAUGGGGCGGCGCACAAUUGUCCCAGCGUCGUCCAGGGUAGGGGAGGGAAUGGCCGGUAGGGAUGUAGCUCAGUUGGUAGAGCAUGGCAUUUGCAACGCCAGGGUUGUGGGUUCAUUUCCCACAGGGGGCUAGUAUGAUUUAUUUAUUUAUUUAAAUAACAAUAAAAUAAAUAAUGAAUGCACUCACUAACUGUAAGUCGCUCUGGAUAAGAGCGUCUGCUAAAUGACUAAAAUGUAAAAUGUGAUGUAAAUGGGAAUAUAUAGCUCAAUAUUUUAAAUGAUUUAUUUUAUAGUCAUUUUUGCUCAUCUUUAUCAAGGGGGUCAAUAAUUUCAGACCACACUGUCUUUGUUAAGUGGAACAGAAUACAGAGCUGAGCAGGUUUUUUCCAUCAACUGCCAUCGUGGUAAAAAUGUGCAGGGAAGUCAUCCUUUGCAGGGGAUUAAACCCAAAGCCUCAAACAUGUCUGGUUAGACCUUUUCUUUCACUAGCCUGGCCAUGUCUGGCGAUGACCAAUGGGAGUGGGCGAUAGCCUGGCCAUGUCUGGUGAUGACCAAUGGGAGUGGGCGAUACGACACAAACAGAUCUAGGACCUGAUUUAUUCAUCAUUUAUAUGUUGUAGUAAUUCUGCGCUCUUCAUAUCUGUUUCCAGCCAAUGCCUGCACAUCCGCCAUCAGCUACCUCAGGUCCCAGGUAUUAAUGCUUUAUCAUAGCAUAUUUUGACUUUCAUUUGGGGGGAAAAAAGUGUCAUUGCAUAUGCCUUAGUUGUAUUUGCUUUUAUGUUUAUUUUGUUUUAAUGUGUCACUUUUAGGUUUGGAGAAAACUAUCGGAACAAACCUCCUGCCACCCAGCCACCUCUCCCCCAGCAAGGACCAGGGGUUCCCAAACCCAUCCCUCCCUCCCAAAUACCCUGACAGAAACACCCCUUUGGACAUAACACGGCUUUAACCUUAUUCCUUAUUGUAAAUUGCAUACAUUGUAUGUUCGUUUGUGGAUAUCUCAAUUUUUUAAAAUAAUUUUAUUGCAGGAACAUAAUUUGGUGACAGGGACUUAAGAUAUUCCUUUUUAUAUUGUACUAUGGAAAUGAAGGUAACAUUUUGUAAUAAAAAUAUACAUAUUGUUGAUAUUAAGUUUCAAUAAGGCUCAAAAUGUAAUUUUAUGAGCCGUUACAAUAUUUGUUUAUAUUUAAAUGUGUUGCUUUAAAUGUUACUCAUAAUAAAUAUAUUGACUAUAAGAUUUCUCUCCUUAUUUUCCUUUGUAUUAUUAGGCCUACCUUUCAUUCCGAGGUACAGUAGAAUAUUAUCCGAGUUUCUAAACCCAGGCGCAACAUCGCGAGACAGACCAGGCCGGGAUUUGAGAAGUCCCCCCCAAAAAAAAUGGUCACAUGCUUUGUAGACAACAGGUGUAGACUAACAGUGA